AUGGCAGCCGACAGCUCAGCCAAGAGACGUAUAUAUCUCAAUGGCUUCGACAUGUUUACAGUGGGCCAUCUCUCAUUCGGCCAGUGGAAGAAUCCCGCCGAUCGAUCAGCCACAAAACGACGCGAUCUCUCAUACUGGACCAACUUGGCCAAGAUACUCGAAAAAGGCGACUUCAACGCCCUGUUCCUUGCCGACACUUAUGGUCUAUAUGACACAUACAAGGGUACUGCAGAGCCCGCUAUCCGGAAUGGAGCUCAAUACCCCAUGGGUGAUCCGGCGAUACCCAUCUCGGCGAUGGCAUCGGUUACGAAAAAUCUCGGAUUCGCGAUCACUACUUCCACGUCGUAUGAAGCCCCGUAUGUUGUUGCAAAGCGGUUUUCCACUUUGGAUCACUUGACCGGUGGUCGGUUCGGGUGGAACAUUGUAACAUCGUGGAAGGAAUCUGCUGCUAAAGCUGUGGGAUUGCCUCUGGUAGAUCAUGACAAACGGUACGAAAUUGCCGACGAGUACCUGACAGCGCUAUACAAACUGUGGGAAGGGAGCUGGGCCGACGAUGCCCUGCAAGAGAACGCAGAAACGGGUGUAUAUGCCGACCCAAGUCGGAUUAAAUACAUUCACCAUCACGGCGAGCAUUUUAAAUUCGACGGGCCUCACAUUUUGGAUCCAUCGCCACAGCGCACACCCUUCCUCUUCCAGGCCGGUACAUCACCAGCCGGUGUGGCAUUUGGCGCCAAACACGCCGAGGGAAUCUUUGUGUCAGCGCCAUCGCCCCACAUCCUCGCACCACGCAUCAAAGCCAUCCGCGAGGAAGCGGCCAGGGUCGGCCGUGAUCCUCGAUCGGUGAAGGUAUUCGCAAUCCUAACACCGAUCGUUGGCCGAACAGAUGAAGAAGCACAAGAGAAAUACCGUGAGGCGCUAGCAAAUGCAAGCGAAGAAGCAGGCCUUGCCUUUUUCUCCGGAGGGAGCGGCAUCGACCUCAGCAAGUUUGAUCUGGAUACACCCAUCACGCCAUCAGAUGUACAUGUCGACGCGCGGGUGCAUUCAACAAUUAACACACUCUCCUACCAGAGUUCCGACGUGCCGCAGUGGACGCCAAGGAAUAUCGGCAAGCGCAUCUCCAUCGGCGGGGCUGGGCCUGUUCCAGUUGGAUCCGCAAGCACCGUCGCGGACUUCCUGGAAGAAUGGGUCCGCGUGGCUGAUCUGGACGGGUUCAAUAUCGGCUAUGUUCAGACACCGGGCACUUUCGAGGACGUUGUUGAGCUGUUGGUGCCGGAACUUAGGAGACGAGGGGUCUACGCACCCGAGAAAGAGAGCGGGACUAUGCGUGAGAGGGUGUAUGGUCCUGGGCAAAAGCGGUUGCGAGAUGACCAUGUCGGAAGAAAUUACGCAUAUGAGGUGUACGACGGUCAGUAA